AUGUCGGCUUUAACUAAUAUUUCUAACCUACACAUGUCCCCUUUGGUCAUUCCAUUCUUCGUUCUCAUUCUUAUCCUGGGUAUCGGUUUAACGUAUGUUGUUAUUCUGGGCAUCUAUAAUGUAUUCUUCCAUCCUCUUCGACACUAUCCUGGGCCGCUUUUAAAUGCCUGCACAAGGUUGGCAUGGAGCUAUCAAGUAAUCUCCGGCAAAUCUCAAUUUAUUCUUAAUACAUUUCAUGACCAAUAUGGACCGGUUGUACGAAUUGGUCCAAACGAAUUGUCCUACAUCGAUUCCAGGGUAUGGAAGGACGUUUAUCAGUCGCGCUCUGGGCAUGCUCAAAUGCAAAAGGAUCCUCUACACUAUCAAAAGCAUGACCGCACACCUAGUCUCCACGUUUCCAGCGAUGCGGACCACACACGAAUGCGACGCCUUAUCGCUCAUGCUUUCUCCGAAAAGGCAUUAAGAGAACAAGAGUCAAUCAUGCAACAAUACAGCAAUUUGCUUAUGAGCCGGCUUCAGGAAGUCACUAAGCAUGGUAAUGCAAUCAACAUUAAACAAUGGUUUCACUGGACUCUAUUCGACUUGUUCGGAGAUUUAUGUUUCAACCAAUCUUUCGGCUGUGUGGAAAGUGGCAAGAGCCAUCCUUGGGUCGAUAUCAUUGGACAGUCCAUUAAUGCCUUCUACUAUAUCGGUUUGGCCCGACGUAUUCCAGGACUCUAUCCAUUAAUCAUGAAAUUAUUAAUGCCAAAAAAGAGAGUCGAGCAGGCCGAAUGGCACUCCCAAUUCAGCAUCGAAAUGGCCGACAGGCGCAUGGCAAUGGUAACUGAUCGACCAGAUUUCAUGUCUUUCAUUCUCAAGCACAAUGAGACCGAUAAGGCAUUAACAGUUCCCGAGAUACGUUCCAAUUGCAAUGUCCUAGUUCCCGGUGGUAGUGAAACAACUAGUACCUUCUUGACCGGCACUACAUGGCACCUAUGUAAGAACCCAUCGGUUUAUAAGGUCCUUGUCGAAGAGAUCCGUUCAACUUUUGAGAAUGUGGAAGACAUCACUAUAAUGAAAUGUGCUUCUAUGCAGUACUUGAACGCCGUGAUUGAAGAAGGCCUUCGAAUCUACCCUCCUGUCCCAUCAAACAUGCCAAGGGUCCUCCCCAAUGAAGGAGCUUUAGUAGCUGGACAAUGGGUUCCUGGUGGAACCUCGGUGUGUGUAGCACCAUAUCCUAUGUUUGUUAAUUCUCGUAAUUUUAAGGACUCUACUUCAUUCGUUCCUGAACGUUGGCUUGGAGGUCCAAAGUAUGCAAAUGACGACAGGUUCGCCCUACAGCCAUUCUCGUACGGUCCGAGAAACUGUAUAGGGAAAAACCUCGCGUACAGCGAAAUGCGCCUUGUCCUCUGCAAACUCUUGUGGAAUUUUGACAUUGAGGUGAUGCCUGAAAGCGAUAAAUGGUUUCCUCAUGACAUGGUGGUGGUCUGGAAUAGCCCGGAUCUCGUGGUUAAGUUACACCCAGUCGCGCGAGAACACAGACAGUCUAGCUCGACUGUAAUUUCUCCCGAAGAUACUUUAGCUUAA